AGUUCAUGUAUAUCGUCAUAAGUAACAUAUAAAAAUAAAAAAUGUUAAAAGAAAUGUAUUUUUACCGUUGGAAAUGUUAGAUAACGGAGAUCUUAGAGGAGUCGAUGGAGAACUGGAGAUGGAGGCGUAGAGGAGAAAAGGUAAAAUUAGGGUAUAGAAAAAAUCAACGAAACAUUUAUUUUUGUCAAUAUUGUAACCCAUCUAAGUUGUGAUAUGUGAACAAAUCAGAAAAUUACAUGUGGAAAUAAAUAAAUUCUAAAAAUCUAUUAAAAUAUCAUGUAUCCAAAUUAACGAAGAUAUGAUAUGUAGCAGAAAAUGUGUUUUAUUUAUUAGUAUAGAUAAGAUGUUGGUCAAGUCAUAAGUCACCGGUAAUUGUUUCAUCUUUUAGUUUUCACAAUAAAAAAAUUCUUAAAUUUCUUGAUAUUAGAUUGCAAAUAAAAUUACAUUCAAUGAAAAAAACUUUAAUAAAUCCCCACCCUAUUUUUAAAAAAAUUUGGUCUCUAUGUGACAUUUUCAGCCGGGUACCAAUUUACUCCACAUCUUCAUUUCCAUUUUGGUAACAAGCCCAGUUGGCACGAUCACCAAGUUUUAGAAUUAAAAAUGAAUUGUUUGAUAUUUAAAGUUAAAAACUUAAAAUGACAAAAAGAAAAUGGUUCGAAUUUGAACGGAGUCGUAUACAAGAAAGGUUGGGCUGCUACCUGAAUUGACCAAACUGCCCUCACUUCUUCGGAAUCAAAAAGCCGGCCUUCUGGACCAUUUUGUCAUAAAGAGAAAACACAAGAGUCCGGGUCAACCAUUAACCCGUUAGUCAUACCAUAUAUAAACAUCACAAUUUACACGUAAUCUCGCACACACACACUACACACACUAUGAGACACCAAGAAGGAAGUUUGGACUUUCAUGGAUCAAGAUUACGAGAAGCCACCGUAAAGAUGGCUCAUCUUUACCGGAGAAUCUUCCGAUUAGACGUCCGAUGGAGUGUUUUACUCCAGAAGGUUUCCGUUUUUCGAGAAAUCAUUCGAUUGAUCUGGGAUAGAUUUCUUGCUUGUUCAAUGGGGAAACCAGUCCGGUACCGGAGAUUGUCUCGGCAGUCAUCUUCUCCGGCGGAGGAAUUGGAAUCUGGUUUUGACCUAGAAAACCCCACCACCACCUGCAACGGCUAUCAAGAAGAUUCAGAUUUGGUUACUCUCAAGAUUAGUUUAUUGGGUGAUUGUCAAAUUGGAAAAACAAGUUUCAUGAUUAAAUACGUUGGAGACGAACAAGAGAACGGAAGAUUGGAGAUGGCUGGUUUAAAUCUAAUGGAUAAGACGCUGUCGUUUGGUGGAGCAAGAAUUGCAUUUAGUAUAUGGGAUGUUGGAGGUGAUAAGAGAUCGAACGAUCAAGUCCCGUUAGCGUGCAAAGACUCCGUCGCAAUCUUGUUUAUGUUCGAUCUAACAAGCCGAUGUACCCUCCACAAUGUAUUAGGAUGGUAUAUGCAAGCAAGAAAAUGGAAUAAGACUGCAAUUCCUAUCUUGAUAGGGACCAAGUUUGAUGAUUUUGUAAUGCUUCCACCGGAUCUACAAUGGACCAUUGUAAAUCAGGCACGGGCAUACGCAAAGGUUAUGAAAGCAACGUUAUUUUUUUCAAGUGCUCGACACAACAUUAAUGUGAACAAGAUCUUCAAAUACAUCAUGUCUCGACUCUUCAAUUUACCAUGGUCUCUGCAAUCCAAUUUAAACCAAGGGGAACCCAUUAUCGAUCUUUACUAGGCGGAGAAGGAACAUCUAUCUUCAUCUAUCUAGUCUUUUACUUUACUUGUAUAUAGUCACACUUUGACUUUGACUUUGACUUUGACUUGGAUAUUAUCAUCUAACCCAACCCGCUUACAAAUCUAAAGGGAGAAGG